AUCCGUUCAUAUCAUCUCCAGAGCAUAGUAAAAAUCGAUUGCGAUUAUCAUAACUAUAAUAAGUUUGAGCCGCAAACUGUGCAAAAUAAAAAAUCAAAUUUUCAGUGGAAUUGAAAAAAAAUUAUUCAUAAAUUGACAUUCAAACUUCGCGCAUCAAAAAUCAGAAAAAUUGAAUUAUUUUGAAAUUUUAAUGAUUAUUGUUUUGUUAAAGUGCUAUUAUAGUGAAUAUUUCGUCAAAAAUUCUAAGUAAAAUGUCCUGAGGCUCUUUCCCUUCAAUUCUACUUGACGGUGGAGAAUUUUGGCCCUUUUUUGCUUCUCUUCGUCUUUUAGUCUUUUACCAAGGUCUCCCGGUAAAGCACAAGAAACUAUCAGUUGGUUUUCAGAGGGAACCGAUUUAAACUUUAAAUUUUUGUUUAUCUCAUUAAAUUGAUUUGUGACCCAACAUAUGUGAAAUGGUGAAAGCAUUUGACACGUAAAAACGUUGAGAAAACGAGAGAAAAACGCGUUGAAAACACUCCUUUUGUCUCAUCCGCAAAAGCGCUGGUUCUUAGUAAUUAAUCAGCUGUUUACCAAGUGAAUUUACUCAUUUCAAAUUAGUGCUUUAACAUUUCUUCAGAUUUUUGAAUUAUUUAUUAGUGGAAUCAUAAUUAUGUCAUUUAACGAUUUACCUGAUAUUUGUCUUUGGAAGAUCUUCGAAAAUGUCCAUGAGGCCAAAGAUUUGAUUCGAUGGUCUCAAGUUUGUUCGAGAUGGUCCGAUUUAAUUAGGCCGAGAUUUAAGAGAGUAAAAUAUCUUCGUUUGAUAGAUAAUGCGGUUGAUUAUAUUGAUGCGAACAGUUUGUGGAUUAAUCCUAAAACGAAUUGGAAUUACAAUUUAUUCAAAUUGUUUCCGAACAUUAAGAUUAUAAAUUCUGCGGCCUUUGAUUAUCAUGGAUCUUUCAAUUUACCAGAAAUUGUCAAAAAUAAUCCACAAAUAAAGGGAUUGGUCGGUAUGGAUAACUUAAGUAAAGAUGGUUACAUGGAAAAUAUCGAAAUGUGCUCUGCAGAAUUUGACUUUCAUUAUAAAAAAGUUUUUCGACCUUAUCAGUUGAAACAAGUUUGCUGCUUCCGUUUUCGGUCUUAUUUACCGGACGGUGUUUUUUACAAUGGACCGAAUUUGUCUUCGUUAAAGAUUCUGGAAUUUGGUACAACCCACUUUGCUCAGGUAUUCACCGGAUUUCAUUUCAUGGAUUUUUGUCCCUCUUUGGAAAGCGCUUUCUUUCAGUGUUUGGCAGAGGAUAUUUAUUUAGAUGAAUCGAUAAAGAAUUAUAAUCUAAGAGAUCUGGUUAUCGAAUGUCAUUCUGAUUGUUUUUCAUGGGCAACACUACGAAGACUGCUUUCCAAAUUUCCAUAUUUACAUCAUCUUAGGAUCAUGUGUAUCGGUGUAAUUAAAUACAGUAAUUUAGAAGAGUUGGUAAAACUAUUACCUGAGUUGAAGAUAUUGGACUUAAGAGGCUAUAAUGGAGUGACGCAUAAAACAGCUGAUUUUCUAUCCAAAUAUUGUGUCAAAGAGAAUCGAUCAAUUGUAAUAUAUUACGAUUGUGAAAACGAACCUGCCGAAUGGCCUAAAUUGGUGGAGACUGACGAACCAAUUUGUUAUGGAUUCGAUUUCAUGAAACAUUGUUUUUAUAAAACUUUCGAUUCUCUUCCAGUUCUCAUUGAUGAAUAAAAUGGCUGAUUUGAAUCAAUCGCAAAGCCAAGUAUUUUGUUAAGGUAACGAUAAUUGUAAUCAUUAUUGGUUUUAAAUUGAUCAGAUUUAAUCACAAACAAAAUGACACAAUAAUUGUUGAUUGGUAUAAAUGAUUAACACAAUUCAAUAUCCAACUUUGUAAAUGGCAAAAUCCAAACAAUAUUUAAAUCACAGUUGAUAAUUAUCCUUUUUGUAUGUUGAUUGUUCAAAGGUUCUAAUCGGUAUCUUAAUACUGUAUUAAUGUGUAUGAAUGAAAACACAACCAAUUGUAAUGACAAUUAGAACAUAGACUUGAUUAUGAUUUAUAUCAACUGACUAAUUAUGGUUGAUUUUUUCGCACUUCUAUUCAUUCUUUCUACAUUAACUAACGACAAUAAUAACACGAAAUUAUUAAUAUAAAACAGAAUUAUAUUCUCAAUUUUGAAUAUCCCUUAUCUCUUCAAUUAAAAUCUUUAAAAAUCAACAUUAAUCACAAUCAAGAUGAGCGCCA